AUGGCAUCAGAAGCAGAAAGAACAUUCCAGCGGUUUGCUGUCUUUGGAGGAUUGUCAAGCAGUGGCACUGAAAUGAACAGCAAGAACUUCUCCAAGCUGUGCAAAGACUGUGGCAUCAUGGAUGACCAGAGGGUCACCUCCACUGACGUGGACAUCGUGUUCAUCAAAGUCAAGGCCAAGAAUGCCCGAACCAUCACUUUCCAACAGUUCCAGGAAGCAAUGAAAGAACUGGGCCAGAAGCAGUUCAAGGGGAAAAGGCUGGAUGAAGCCCUGGAGAACAUUUAUAGACUCGUGGAGGGCAAGGACCCAGCUACCACUGGUGUUACUAAAGCGACGACGGUGGGAAGGGUGAGCCAGCUGACGGACACCAGCAAGUACACGGGCACCCACAAGGAGCGCUUUGACCAGAGUGGCAAGGGCAAAGGCAUCGCGGGACGGGAGGACAUGACUGACAACUCAGGCUACGUGAGUGGCUACAAGGGUGCUGGCACCUAUGAUAAGAAGGGCAGCAACUAG